ACCACUUUAGGUGGAUUUCACCAACAGGAAAGUCUUAGCAUCUUGACGCCGGCUUGCACGCAACAGCCAGCCCUCGUUUGGAAAGCUCGUUUUCACAGUGGAAGCCGUGAAUGCGUCUUCAUUCUCCGCGAGUACUGCUGAACUCCGAACAGGUGUUGGGGCGCGCCGCCCGGAGAGAGAACAUGUCCAAUGGGAAAGGCGCAAGUGCUGCACAAAACCCCUCACAGAGGACCCUGAAUGAGUGCCUGGAUGAGUGUAUGGAGGCCUUGGAUCUCUUCCUUAACAACCACUUCACUGAGAGCCUGGAGAGGCUGCGUCCAAGAGUGAAUGAGAGUAUGUACCAUGCUCUUAUCUACGCCACGGUGCUGGAAAUGCAGGCCAUGAUGACUUUUCAGCACGACGACAUCAGCAAUGCAGGAAAUACCAUGAAGAGUGCCCAGGAGGUCUGCCAGAGGUUUCGACGGAAAUCUCCAGGGUUGGCUAACAAGUCAGUAGGGGAAUCACUCACUGAAGUGCAGCUUCAUGCUGAAGUGUGUUACGCAGAGUGCCAACUCCAAAGAGCUGCUCUCACCUUCCUACAGGAUGAGAACAUGGUGAGUUUCAUCAAAGGAGGGAUCAAAGUCCGAAACAGUUAUCUAAUUUACAAAGAACUGCACUCCCUCAUCAAAUCUCACAACUGUCUCAAAGGACCCAGCCACGUUCACUUAGAGGGAGGAAUAUCGUUUGGAAUAGGGGCGUUUAAUCUGACACUCUCUCUGUUUCCCCCGCGGAUACUCAAAGUUUUGGAGUUUGCAGGCUUCUCUGGAGACAAGGAGUACGGUCUGUCCCUGCUGCAUGACGGUGCGACAGGGUUGAAUCUGCGCUCCAUGCUGUGCGCUCUCCUGCUGCUCUGCUACUACACCUUUCUCACGUUCAUACUAGGGACGGGCGAGGGAGAGGUGGCUGAGGCUGAAAGGCUGCUGAAACCUUUCCAGCUCCGCUACCCACGGGGAGCGAUAUUCCUCUUCUUUGCAGGCCGGACUGAAGAGAUCAAGGGGAACAUUGAUGAGGCGGUGGCGCUCUUUGAAGAUGGCUGCAAAGCCCAGCAGGCGUGGAAGCAGUUCCACCACAUGUGCUACUGGGAGCUGAUGUGGUGCUUCACCUAUAAGCGAGCGUGGAAGAUGGCAUACUUCUACGCAGACCUGCUGAGCCAGGAGAGCCGCUGGUCCAAGGCCAUGUAUGUUUACAUGAAAGCUGCUUACCUCAGCAUGCUGCCUGAAGAUGAGGCCAGGCCUUUCGGGGAGGACGAGGUAGAGCUAUUUAGGAAAGUGCCCACCUUCAAGCAGAAGAUAGCAGGGAAGUCUCCCCCGACUGAGAAGUUUGCCAUCCGUAAAGCCAGACGCUACAAGGCUCCCUGCCCAAUCAAGCUACCGGUGCCAGUGCUGGAAAUGAUGUACAUGUGGAACGGUUUCAGUAUGAUCAGCAAGCGACCAGAGCUGACGGAGGGCAUGAUGCAGACUUUGGUGGAGGCAGAGCGCACGCUGCUGGAGUCUCCUGGAAACGAGUACUCAGUGGACGACCGCUGUGUGAUCCACCUGCUGAAGGGUCUGUGUUUGAAGAACCAGGGUCUCCUCCAGGCCGCUGAGGAAUGCUUCAACAAAGUGUGUUCCAGUGAGAAGAAGAUCCGGUUUGACCACUACCUGGUGCCCAACUCUCUGGUGGAGCUCAGUCUGCUCUACAUAGACCAAGGCAGAAGGGACGAGGCUAUUAAACUACUGCACAAGGCCAAACACAACUACAAAGAAUACUCGAUGGAGUCUCGUACACAGUUCAGGGUCCACGCCGCUCUGGCCAAACUCAAGGCGGACCCCGGUGAAGAGGACGACACCCGCCUGUAGGAACACUCUCCGAUUCCCUCACACUAAUGACUGUUUAGCGUGACAGUUUUGCAUCUAUAUGCAUUUUCAACAAGUGAAUCCUGGGCGUUUUAUCACUGUGCUCAGGUACACUCUACCUGUUCAGGCAUUGUUGUGUCACAGUCUGCACCAACAUAUCACUGGACAAAGGUAGAAAGUAAAUAUUUACAAGAGCACUUCCUUCCCAGUCUGGCUUCCAAGAGCAUUAGUGUCACAUGGAGUUUGACUUUUUUAGCUGAGGGACACUGCAUUUACAGGAGCCAUUUUACUUUAUGGACAAUGUUUUUAUUGUUUACAUAGAAAAUUUAAAAAACACUGUUUUAAUCAACAAGUGAUUGAAAGCCACUAUAAAUAUCAAAUGUAAGACAUUUUAUGACAUAAUGAACAGUGAAGACUGUAUUUUACUGCAUUGAAAGAGCUCUACAUGAUUAUUACACAAUUCAUUUCAGCGCACUGUGCUGAUCUGGAGUGACUGCAAAAAGCAUUUAGUUCAAAACACUUUGAAAACCCAAUUCAGCAAAUACUUAACUGGCUUGAAGAAACGAAUGACUUACAGUCAGCUGCCAGUAUUCUAUUCAUGGAUACUAAAGAGGUGAAAACUGUUUACAGCUGCUCUAAACUCACGUCCACUGUGUGUGUGUGUGUGUGUUUGAAUUAAUCAGACUCAGUGUUUAGGCCGAUCUGGAUCAGUGUCCAGAAACUUUUGAAUGUAUAAAAAUUAUUUUUGCAUAAAUAAAUUCCACAUAUA